UGCAUCUUAUACUCUAAAAAUAUGGUAAUUGGUGCAGCGUGAGGGGCUGGCGGGAGGAUGCAGAGGUGGGAGAGAUUCAACCCAAUGAUUUGUGAUCUUUCCUGUUGGCUUCCUCAUUGGCCUUUGGGGAAGGCCAUCAGGGAUGUUUGCAGAUAGGAUCCCAUGAUCAUGGGGCGCUUGGCAACCGAUCGUCCGUGCAAACAGAUCGCCAAGCACCCAGAUCAUGAUCACAUGACGAUGAGAGUGCGUGGAUGGCUGGAACUCUGAAGCCCAGCUAUAACAACCAUUUCUUCAGUACCAUUGCAACUAGGAAUGAUAGCUGACCGAAUGGUCAUAGACUGAGGACUAUCCAAACCGACUUUGUACCUCAGGCUCUGUAACUCUUUAUCAGCAACACUUCCCUUUUUUGUUCCCUAGGACUUUCUUGUUAGAACUCAUCCUGUCAGAAAUGAAGGAAAGUAAUGUCCUCAUCAAUGAAGAGAUGGCCAUGUUCCUUGCAGUGUCUUUUGAAAAGAAGUGUCAGUCGGUGCUAACAUUGGUUUCUGCCACAAAUGAUGAAGAGGAAGCCCUAGUUGCAAUUCGUCUCCUCGAUGUUCUUUGUGAAGCGACAUCAAAUCCUGGAGAACUGCAGCCUUUCCAAGCGUGUCCCGAUUUGCUUGAAGUAGCUAUCAGCCUUUUGAAGCUUGUACAACUUGCUGGGAAGCAGACCACAAAUAUCUUCACCGUCACUUAUUCCAGAGAGCAGGAAGAAAUUUCCCAUCCAGCUGUGGGCUUUAAAUCACAUCUGAUUCGUCUGAUUGGAAAUUUAUGCUACAGGAAUAAGGGUAACCAAGACAAGGUGUAUGAGUUAAAUGGCAUCCCAUUGAUCCUGGAUAACUGCAGCAUUGAUGACAACAAUCCUUGUAUCCUUUUUAUUAGCAUAAAAUUUUUAAGCUAA